UUGCUCUUCCUGCAUGCUCUUCGUGAGCUUCAGUUGACAACAAAUCUUUUUCCCUGGACUUGCAGUCUAUAAAUUCAGCUGUGGACGGCAGAAUUAAACUACCUGUCUGCAAAGAGGAACUUUUCCAAAUAAAAUCAAGAAGCAAGUUCCAGGAUUCGAAAUCGAGAUCUUCCAGGUGUAAUGGCAUGGCGAUCUUUGCUGACUGAAUCAAAGAGAAACUGUAGGAAUUCUGUUUGUGGAGGCUUUCUCAAUAGAUUCGAGAGGUCUUCGGUUCGAGUCUCUGGAAGUUUCGUUGGGAAUUCGGAGGUCCGCGGUUCGAAACUCGGUGAGAGCGGCCAGAGUUUAUACAAUUCACGGUCCCUGACUUCUGAUUCGGUCACUGACUCUGUUCCUCUUCUGCAACACUGCAUAGACACAGCAGCCCCAGCGCUUCCUGAUGUAAUAAAGACCGACACCUUGCAGAUUGAAAAUGGCGAGGUUUUGUACUCUGGAAUGAGCUCCAGGGAGCUUUUAUCGACGCUCUUCAAUCUUUCAUUGGUUGGCUGCGAGCCCCUGGUUGAUCUGAGCAUAAAGCUGCUUAAGUCUCCAUUGGUCGAACACGCGGCCGUCAGAAUUCCCGUGCUUCAGGCCGUUAAACAUACGGCGUAUUCGCAUUUUUGUGCGGGAGAAAAUGUGAAGGAGGCCUCGGCUACUCUGCAGCGCAUGUGGGAGUUGGGGCUCAAAGGAAUUCUUGAUUACAGUCUUGAAGACGCAACUGAUAACGCUUCAUGUGACCAAAAUCUUCAAGGGUUCUUGAAUACAGUUCAGACCACGGUUCGACUCCCCGCCGAUUCGGUGAGUUUUGCAUGUGUGAAGAUCACGGCUCUCUGCCCUCUAUUCCUUCUAGAACGUGUUAGCGAUCUAUUAAGAUGGCAGCACCAGCAUCCUGACCAUGGAAACCUUCCAUGGAUGCAGGACACGUUGCCAAUUUUAGCAUCCUGUAGCCCCACCUAUCACACCACUUCAGCCCCAGAGCCAUUGACAGCCACUGAAGAAAAAGACCUCAAGCUCGCAGAAGAUAGACUGCGUACAUUAUGCAAGGCCUGUGAAGCAAACUCUCUUCCUUUGUUAAUAGAUGCUGAAUAUACAUCUGUUCAGCCUGCCAUAGACUAUUUUACUUACUCUGCUUCUCUAGAAUUCAAUAAGACAGCAAAACCGUUUGUGUACGGCACAAUCCAGGCUUACUUGAAGGAUGCAUUACCACGUCUGCAAUUGGCAUCUGAUGAGGCAACACGUAGGGGCAUACAAAUUGGAUUGAAGCUUGUACGUGGUGCCUACAUCACCAGGGAGAAUGCACUUGCAGCUUCCUUGUGUGCGCCUUCACCAAUUCAUUCUUCUAUUCAGGACACCCACAGGUGUUAUGAUGCAUGUGCAGGGCUAAUGAUGCAGAAGGCUGCUAUAGCCGAGGCUUCUGUGGUGUUGGCCACCCAUAACUUUGAAUCAGGCAAGACGGCAGCUGCGAAGGCUGAAGAAUUGAAUAUUAGGAAGGGGAAUGACAGAGUACAGUUUGCUCAGCUGAAAGGCAUGGCAGAUAGCCUUUCGUUGGGGUUAGUUCAAUCUGGAUUUCAAGUUAGCAAAUAUCUUCCUUUUGGCCCUGUGGAUCAUGUUAUUCCUUAUCUUAUCAGACGGGCCGAGGAAAACCGGGGGCUUCUGUCAACAACUGCAGCAGAUCGCCAACGCAUCAGUAAGGAAUUGAGCAGGAGACUGCGAGCAUUUAUGACAGGCUGAUUUUGAAGAAAUACAAGAGUGACUCUGGCUUGUCAAGCUUUAAGGGGAGGAAUUCCAAAUUUUUGAAGAUUAAUGGCGAUUCAAUUACGAUAAAAGCUGAGGUUUUUACUGAGAGUUCAAACAACGGCGUGCCUUGGUCCUUGUACUCAAAAAUUAGGAUCGUAAUGUAUACAUCGAUGUUAACAGUUUAAUACAGAUGCCACCAUGGCCCUUUUUUAAAUCUCAA